AUGUCGAGUCCACCUGAUAUGCCAUGGACCGAGGAGGAGAAGAAUACUCUACUCAGCGAAAUCCUCAAGAAAGCGGGCAUUCCGUCCAGUUAUCUCCUUCGCAUGAUCAAUGAGUGCCGUAUCAAUCCUAGCUGGGAGCAUAUCCCUUUGCCUCAAGGCCGCUCACUCAGCCAAUGCAGAUUGGCCUUUGAAAACAUGCAAUUGCAAUUGACAUCACAAACACAACCCCAGUCGCAAUCGCAAUCACCAUUCCAGCCCCAAGCACAGCAAAAACCUCAAGCCCAGCAUCAACAUCAACAUCAAUAUCAACACCCACCACAUCCACCACCACCACCAACUACAGUCUCAAUACAUCGUCCAGAGGCACCAGGAACACCAUCCACAAUAGAUUCAAACCUCCGCAAACGACCCCUCUACCCAGCCGAAAAGCCCCUCGCCCCACGCGCAAUCCAACCUCGCCCCCCAGCAAGUACAGCCUCCUACAGCAGCGAAAGCUCCGCCCAACUCUCCCCCCGUCUCGACACAACCUCCACAGGCGAACCACCCCGCAAACGCGGCCGACCCAGCAAAGCCGAAACAGAACGCCGCAAAGCCGCCGCCGAAGCCCGCGGCGAGACCUAUCCACCACCCCGUCGCGCAAACCCCAACCGUCUCAAAAUCCCACCCUCACCAACCAGUCCAGCCGGUCCGUCCCUCGCGCCAUAUCCACAGCCUACAGCCACAGCCACAGUUACAGCAUCGCAGCCCAUCCACGGCCCAAAUGCAGGCCUCGUUCCCUACGACGUACCCAGCACCAGACCUCUCGCUCCAGCACCACCGUCUCUACCCACCAGCGAGCGCCGCGAUAUGCCAUCCCGCAGCAUGGGCCCUAACAUGCGCGAACUACCCCGGCUAAACGAAAUGGCCCACCCGUUACCCUCCCCGCAUGCGCUGCAACUAGGCACGCUGCAACUAGGUCCGCCGGAAAGGGACCCUUUCCGGGAAAGGCUGAAUAGUAAUCCUGGUGAGCGUAGCUCCUACGGGGCUAUCCCGCCGGAUCGCUUUUCGCCGCCGGAUAGUGGGCACAGGGACUCGAUUGCUACUCGGGGGGAGAGGGAGAGGGAGAGAGAGCCACUGAUGGGGCCUUAUGCUGAGGGGAGAGCUAGUACGACGCCUGGUGAGAAGUCGUUGAGGUAG